ACGUGCUCCGCUUCCUAUCUUUGCUUUCCUUUUUUUCUUUUAUCUUUGCUUCCAUGCAUGGUAUUUUUCUUCGGCAGCCCUGCUUCUUCUUCUCCUUCCGCAGAGAGAAGGGGAGAGAAUGAGGGAGGGAGCUUUUACUCGUUUCUCUGCUACCUCCAUCAUUGAAUUUGAUCUCCUUGCACCAGGAAAAGAUGAAUCGGGGUUGUGCAAUUUAGCAGUUUUCAGCUGUUAGGAUCUUGUUCCUGCUUGUUGAGAAGAAGCGAGUGAUCUUGUUCUUGGAUCUUGUUCUUUCUCGGAAACUGAAGCUUGGUGCCUCUGCAAACUCCAUACUUCAUUUGGGGCUUUUUUCGUUUCUUAUUUCGAACUGAGGGAUCCAACCAAGUUGAGAAUUUUCUCUUAAUUCGGUACCGGUUGGCUAGACUUCUUGUCUGUUUCUGGGGGUGGCGAAUUCUGAGUGGUUCUGGGAUGGAGGAUAAGCGAGAGUACAGGCAUUCUUGCAAGUACUGCAAGAAGAAGUUCAUGUGUGGGAGGGCGCUUGGUGGGCACAUGAGGUCUCACAUGACGAUGCCAUCGACUGAUGCAGAUGAGGGGUGCCCGAUGGGGAAGGUUGGUAAUGGAGGGGACGAGGAAGCGGGUGGUUCUGAGAGUCACAAGCAGGGUGCGUAUGGAUUGAGGGAGAACCCCAAGAAGUCAUGGAGGUUCUCCGAUUCGGUUCGUUUAGCUGCUAAAGACAGCAGAAUUUGUAAAGAUUGCGGUAAGUGGUUCCCUUCGUUGAGGGCACUGUUUGGUCAUAUGAGGAGCCAUUCCAGAGGGAAGAGUUCACAACAGAGCUUCGUCGAGGGGCCGUGUGUGGAAGAGCAGAAGCAGAUGAACGUUGUGGACGGUCAUUCCGAUAACGAAUGUGGACUGAAGAGGAGGCGAUCGAAGAGAAUCUCUAGGCAAACUGCAUCUUCGUCCGUCUCUGGUUUUUCCGGCGUGAAUUCUUCUUGUGAUAUUGAGCAAGAGCAGGAAGAUGUAGCUAUUUCUUUGAUGAUGUUGUCUAGGGAUGUUUGGAACGAUACUUCGCGAGAGAACUUACUGGACUCUUCUGAUGAUGCUUCUGCGUCACGGGAGCUUAGAUCAGGCUUUAAGAAGGAAGCUGAUGAAGAAAACAUGAAACAUGUCGAUGCCGAUGUUCGUCCGCAGAAGAAGCACAGGAAUGAUUUUUUCCAGUCACAGCUGGAUGUUGAUGAGAAUGGUACUAGUAGACAUGCGUUCAAUGUGUCUAAAAAGGCUAAAUCCGAUGUCCGUAGCGGAUCGUAUGAGCGCAGGAACAAUGCUGUCUCUCUAAAUGGAUUCAAGAAAGAGCCGGUCAAUGAUUGUGAAGAACUGGGGUCUGAAUUUUCGGAUUCAGAACUGGAGAGGGAUUCUUUUAGACAUGGUAGAUUGAAUUUCUUUGCUAGCGAACAAGGAAGGACUGCCCACAAAAGUACGAGGCAUGAUUCCUCUGACUCGAGUUUGGGAAAGCAGCCGUUCAAGCAAGCAAGAUAUGAGUGUACUACUUGCAACAAGGUUUUUCAUUCGUACCAGGCACUUGGGGGGCACAGGGCAAGUCACAAGAAGGUGAAAGGCUGUUUCUCAAAGAUCGACUACAGUGAGAACAGUAGCGCUGAGAACAACGACUUGCUUCCAGACCAAGUUGAUACAGCCAUGGCAGAAAAGAAGCCCUUGAUAGAGAACGCGAAAGCCGAUGAUGAAGCGGACAAUGGAUCGGUGAAGAGGGCAAAAUUGCAUCAGUGCCCAAUGUGUUUGAAGGUAUUCGCUUCUGGGCAAGCAUUAGGAGGACACAAGAGGUCCCAUCUUUUCCCAAAUGGAGAUGCUGAGUUCAGAGAAAAUGCUUGUAGGCCAGUCGGGAUUCCACAGCAGAUGCCUGUAAUUGCAGAUCUUCUCGAUCUUAACCUUCCUGCUCCUCAUGAUGAAGAAGUCAAUGGUCAUUCUGAAUUUAAAUCUUUGUGGGGCAGUGAUGAUCAGAAGCGUAAUGUGAUCGAAAAGAAGGAGGAAGCCCAACUUGCUGCAGAGAAUUCUAUCGUCAGCAGAAAGCGUGCUGAUCUACAUCGUAUACGGCCUCUUCCACCACCAUGCCUGCAAGUUUAGACUCAAACUUGACGGAAAUCGAGAUGAAGCGAAUUAAUUUUGUUUUAGUUGGCAGGAAAUGAUGCAAGUUGAAGGCUCAUUUGGCGUUAUUUUUUUCCCCCAUGCCUAUUCCGUUCUUCAUCUACCUGGGUCUUAUGAACGGAGUUUGAUGCAGACAAUAGCGGAGUUUCGAUAGGAAACAAGAGUGUAAAUAUGCUUCAUGGUUCUUUUCUUCGUUUUCCUCUUUUCUAAUUCAUUUUUUCUUGAAUUGCUAUGCCGGAAAGGUAACAGGGUGAGAUCUCCUCAUCAAGCGCCUGGCAGCGGUCCUCUGUUUCUCCUUCCUCUUUUCUUGUAUACGUUCAGUACCUGUUUCUCUCUUUUUCACUCUUCUUUUUAUACUGUCAGUACUCUUAAGAAUUUCGAUUGCGAAUAACGUGCUAAGGUGAGAGAGAUGUUACAUUGUUAUUUGAAUUGUUAAUGAAGCUCAUUUACUGCAA